ACUGUGCUGUCUUAUUUUAUUCACAGUGCUUGCAAUAGGUUGAUAUUUAAUCUAUAACAUUGUCCAUUCAGCAUUCAUUAUUACACUUGUAGGUAUCAUAUUAUUUACAUUGAUUUUCAUUAGAAAUCGACUGCAAUAAUAAGGAUAAAAUACGCUUUACACUGCAAAUAUUGGUCAAAUUGUUUUUCAUUGCAUCAUGAUCAAAUUAUAAGAACAUUUAUUUCCCCAAUAGGAAAAUAUUUUAUAUAACUCAUACUAUCCAAUCAAUCCAAUGUAAAUUUAUAUAAUUAUCUGUCAAAUAAGGUAACGGAAUCAUGUUGUAGUGGUCCAGGCUUCCAGGCUACUUAUUCCCAAAUGAAUAGAUCGAUUGUUCCUCAACUCCUGUCAAACUUUUAUUUUUUUCCCCUGAUAUUAUUUUUGUGUGAUAGUUAACAUAAUGACAUGAGCGUAGUUAAAAACUUAUUCAAGAUAAAUAUAGGAUACAAUAAUAGAAAUUCCAUAUCCAAACAACACACGAAAUCAUGAAAUACAAAAAUAAUUUGAACAAAUUACUCCAAUAGGAUAUAAAACUAAAUUAGAUCAAAUUGAAUCAAGAUGAGUCUCCCCGAGCUGGAGGAAACAGUGUGUGGCUGCAGCGUCAGAACUGGCAGUAAGAUCAUAGGAUGGAUGUCCCUGGUCAUUGGAGUCAUAGAGCUGGUUGGGAUUAUCAGUGUGCUGAUUUUCCUCUCGCCUGAAACUCUUGAAGACAUCAAAAACUAUGACGUUCCAGAGGAUAAUAUCGCUUACACUGAUGUUGGUGCAGCUAUUCUUGCAAUUGCAGCCUUCAUUGUUCUGAUCUCAUUGUUCUGCACUGUUCUACUUCUUAUUGGAAUCAUCAAGGAUCGUCAUACAUUCAUCUACCCCUGGAUUCUUCUCCAUAUCAUCAUGACCAUUGGCAGUUACCUGGCUGGUAUUUCUUCUCUGCUCACUCACGGACCAAACCGCGAAGGAGCCAAGGAAAUCGUUGUUGCCCUUAUUUCGACCUACUUCGUUCUCGUUGUCAACAGUCAUUACAUGAGUGUAAAGAAAUCCACACAGAAAGCCGUUCUUGUCAACUGCUGAGUCGACAGCAUUUGAAGUAAUCGCAAUCGACUCAUUUCCAUCGAGGACUUGCCAAUCAUUGUCUAUUUACUCAAAUAUAUUGCAAUGGAACUAUUUUUCCUGCUUUGUGUGGAACUCAACAUUUUGACUCAUAUUUAAAGACAUUUUUCCCUUGAUGAAUGCAUGUGUGAUAAAUAACUGUGAUUGAAGCUCAUUUUGAGAGAAUUUCUCGACUAAAAUUCAAUAAUUCAAUCAUUCUUAUUAGAUAUCGAUCCAUAGGAUCAAUAUUUGCUCCCUUAUUUCUCUAAAUUAGUAUGAUGGAAUUUUGAGAAAUCCUCAGCUUUUGGGCGUUGAAAUUGAAUGGUUUUCUGAUUGUAUUAUCCCCAAAUAUAGACCUAUACUAUUUUAUUAUUAUCAGAUAUAAUUAUUAUCAAAUACAUAUAUUCUAUUCAUACACUUAUUUUUUUAAUGAGCUUUCAAUUUUAUGUAAUCGCAAAUGAUUGAUCACUUCAUACUUUCCAAUAAAUUAUCAUGAAUAUAACUUUGAAACCAAAAUGAUUGCUUUUAGUGUAUAGGCUAUUUCAACAAAAUAGAAUAAUGUUUUUUCUUAGGAUCACAUUGAAUAUUUUGGCGUGGACCUAAUAUUCAUGUAGAAAAUGAUUUACUUGGGAUAUGAUUAGACCUAUAGUCCAUAAAGUGUUUUGCUUAUACGCUUACUGGUCGUAGAAAUUUUGGGAAAUUUAUUGUGACGUAGAAUUAGUGCUAUCAUAGUUUGUAGAGACUUAAUAACAUCUAUCAUAGUUGACCUUGUUUUUCACCUAUCCAACAGAAUUUGAAACAGUUUUAGUUUCAAGUGCCAUCAUUAAGAAGCCAUAAACCUUUUUCACAGUAAGAAUUUAUGUUCUAUCAUCAGAACUAUUUUAUCCUUGACUAUCCAUAUUCAUUAAGAUCUGAUUUUAGCUUAAGGCUUGCGAGUUUCAAUAAUUAUUGAGGUCUGCCUUUUUAUUUUUGCGAUACCUUUUAAUGUUUUAAUCAUUUUUAUAAUGUAACAUUACAUGAGAAUAUAUUACUUCAACUUAGUUUGAUUGAAUAUAACUGCAUUGAUGAAUUAUUGCA